AUGUGGAGUCUUAUUUUAAAAGCUAGAUACGGAGAUGUUCAUAAAGCUGUGUUUAUGGGUGCAAUGUUUAAGUCGGAAAAGAAACAUUCAGUCUGGUGGAAAGACAUGAUGGUGGCAAGCAUACAUAAUUCUAACUUUGUUGAUUGUUUUGCAUGUAACAUUUCUUGUGGGCUAGGUGUUGGUAAUUCUAUACCAUUCUGGUUUGGCAGAUGGCUGGGUGGCAGUACAUCAAAGCAGCUAUUUCCCUUGCUGUUCAGCUUAUCAAACAGUCAGCGCGGGUACGUGAGCGAAAUGGGUUCGUGGCAAGGGCACCAGUGGUCUUGGGAUCUUCACAUAGAAGCUGGAAAUCUUUUAGAUAAUCCACUUGCAGUCAUGGAGGCCCUGGAGCUGGUGGAGAUUUUGGCCGAUAUUAAUCCAAUAGUGGGAGGUGCUGAUUCUUUUAAGUGGUGGCCUAAUACCGAUGGGAUCUUUUCCGUGAAGAGCUGUACAUCUUCCUUGAGAGAACAUCAAUUGGAGCGGGUGGUAGACGCAAAUAGUUUAGCAGUGAUAAAAAGGUUUUGGGAUACUACUGUUCCAUCAAAAAUAAAUUUUUUUGGGUGGCGUCUUAUAUUAAACCGUCUGCCGGUGCGUGACCAAUUAGCGCAUAGAAACAUCAUACAUAGGGAAGAAGAUAAGCUCUGUGUGUUCUAUGCAGCAGAUAUCGAAGACAUUGAUCAUCUUUUUUUCAAAUGUCCUUUCUCCAAACAAGUGUGGACGAAUAUCGCUUUAUGGCUGGAUGUAAAAUUGGUGGGUGAGCAGGGUGGAUACAUUCACCUGGAGCAGUUCAUUUUAAGUUUGAUUGGUAAGAUGCCAAAGCAGAAAGUGUGUUUGGUUUGGUUAACAACAGUUUGGUCUAUUUGGAAUGCAAGAAACAACUUCAUGUUCAACAAUGAGGAUGUUGUUCUAGAUGAAGUUAUAGUUAAUAUUAAAGUGGUUUCUUGGAUUUAG